AUUAUUCCUCUGGGGAACAAUAGACUACUGUGUCCGUCAGUAAGAUGAGUGCAUCCUCCACUUUGUCCAACAGCAGACACGUUUUCCCUCCUUGCUCCGCCGUCCGGUCUGUUCCGGUCUGUAGGACUACUGACUGAUUUUGGAUCAGUGAUUCUCUCCGGUGUUCCUUCUCACCUCAGCCCUCAGCCCCGCCCCGCUCACUCCCAGCGGGCAUCACAGCGACCUGUCGCCGCGGAAAGGAGACGAUGGCGGCGGCUGCGGACCGAGGAGGAGUCCGGGGGAGCGCUCUUCCACCGGACCCGGACCCCAACGCCGGGUCCGGUGCGGGCGCAGACCCCGACGGCCGCGCUCCGGUGCCGAUGAAUCUGUUUGCGACCUGGGAGAUCGACCGGUCCUCUCCGAGCUGCAUCCCCAGGUUGUGUAGUCUGACUCUGAAGAGGUUGAUGGUUCUGAAGGAGCUGGACAGAGAGCUAAGCUCCGUCGUCAUCGCCGUUAAGAUCCAGGGUUCGAAGCGGACUUUGAGAUCCAACGAGUACCUUCUUCCUCCGGAUGGACUGAUGGAAACAGACCUGGAGCUCACCUUCUCACUGCAGUAUCCUCACUUCCUGAAGCGAGAUGUGAACCGUCUGCAUGUGAUGCUGCAGAGGAGGAAGAGGUACAAGAACCGAACCAUCCUGGGCUACAAGACCCUCGCAGUGGGAGUCAUCAACAUGGCCGAGGUGAUGCAGUAUCCGACAGACCGAGCCCACGUCCUCGGUCUCCAUAGCAACCUGAAGGAUGCUUCGAUGCGUGCGGCGGAGCUGAGCGUCCAUUCCCUCUCCAGCCAGCCAAUCGAACAGGAGGACGCAGGCGGUCACCACGGCAACAAGACCAAGUCCUCAGAUCGCUCUCCCGACAUGGAGAACUACUGGGAGGACGAUGACGACAGCUUCUCCUCUGAACAGGAAGGAAGUGAUGACGCAGUCCCACCUCAGGACUUGGAUGAUGAUGAUGAUGAUGACGUCAAGGGAAAGACGAAGAAGUCUCGCAGGAAAAUGAUCCGAACAGCUUCCCUGACGCAGCAACCGAACUUCAAACAGAAGUUUGUGGCUCUGCUGAAAAGAUUCAAAGUUACUGAUGAGGUUCUGGACUCAGAUCCAGUGGGUCAGAGUCAGGAGGCUGAGGAGGACCUGGACCUCCUGUAUGACAGUCUGGAGGUUUACAACCCGAGUGACAGCGGCCCGGAGCUGGACGACAACGACAGCAUCAUCAGCACACCAAAACCCAAACUCAAGCCUUUCUUCGAGGGGAUUUCUCAGUCGAGCUCUCAGACUGAGAUCGGGAGUACGAACAGUCAGAGGGGCCAACAGAAAGAACAGACUGCAGCAGCAGCAGAGCGGCAGUCUCCAGAGCGUCCUGCAGCUCAGGGGCCUCGAGGCCCCGAGGAGUCCAGAGGAGAGGAGGCCGUCCCCGGGGAAGUCGAGGACGUUGCUGUGGGAACAGAUGCAGGCCCGGCCGCCAAACUCUGUAAAACUGAGUCCCAAACACACAUGUCACCGAGUAAGACAGGAAGUCAGCUGUCUCGCCAUCCUUGGAGCGUCUCCAUGAAGGACAGGCAGAACUCUAGAGGGACAGACAGAACCAGCAGCGUGGACAGUGAGACGUCGGUGGACUGCAGGAUGCCUCCUCCCCAGGUUGCUAGGAAGUCGGUCCUGGAUCAGCUGAACCACAUCCUGUUCUCUGAUGACCAGAUUCCCGAUUCCAUCAUCCUGAUCAACACAACAGACUGGCAGGGACAGUAUCUGUCGGAGCUCCUCUUCGAUCAGCCAAUCGUCUGCACCGUCUCAGCAGCUGACGUUCAGGCCGCCUUCAGCGCCAUCAUCAGCCGCAUCCAGAGAUUCUGUAACUGUAACUCCCAGACGCCGCCCCCCAUGAAAGUGGCGGUGGGUGGAGAUCAGAGCUACCUCAGCACUGCCCUCUGCUGCUUUGUAGAGCAGCUGGCCAGCAAGACGCCUGAUUGGCUGAACUAUGUCCGCUUCCUCAUCCUGCCCGUUGGAGCCCACCCGCUGGCCAAGUACCUGGCUGCUCUGGACAGUAAAUUCAACAGCCUGUUCAUGGACGCCGGCUGGAGGGAGCUGUUUGGACGUCUGGAGCCUCCUCCUCUCGAUCCUGUCGGUGUAGCAGGUCGAGUGUCUCAGUACCUGAGCGGAGCUGCUGUUUCUCACCUGUGUCCCAUCUCAGAGGCCAUGCUGACCUGCAAACACAAGAGCCCCGACGACGACUCCUGUCAGAAGUUCGUUCCUUUUAUCGGGCUGGUGAAGGUCGGCAUCGUGGAGCAGAACUUCCGGUCCACCUCAGUUGACUCUGAUGACAUCAUACUGGGAUCUCCUCCCUCUCAGCCAGGAGCACCAAUCAGCAUCACCUCCACCCCUCCCCCCUCCCCCUCCACCAGCUGUCCGGGGGAAGUGAUGGGUCUGCAGGUGGACUACUGGAGCAGUCAGGGAGGAGGAGGAGAGCGGAGGAAGGAGGUGGGGGUGAAGAACACACUGAAGAGCAACUUCCGCUGUCUGCAGGUGUCGAGGAUCAGUGGAGGAGAGCUGAUGAGCAUGACGGUGGUGACCAAAGAGAAGAACAAGAAAGUCAUGUUCCUCAGUAAGAAAACGAAGGAGAAGGAGGCGGAGUCGAGGAGUCAGCUGAUCGAAGGAAUCAGCAGACUGAUCUGUACCUCCAAACACCAACACACACUGAGAGUCUCUAUAGAUGGAGUGGAGUGGAACGAUGUCAAGUUUUUCCAGCUAGCUGCUCAGUGGCCGACCCAUGUUAAAUACUUUCCCGUGGGAAUCUUCGGCUACAACAAACCCUGAACCUUCUCCUCCUCCUCACCUGUCUCACAUGACCUCCUGUGGGCAUGUCCUUGUGAGCAGAUGGUGAAGUGAUAGGCUGAACAGUUUUGUACCAGGAGCAGAAACCUUGUUUGCCUUUUAUUCACUCAUGUCAUGUUGGAAUAGAAAUAUUUGAACCAUAUAAGUUACUUUUUAAUUAUUUAUUUUAAUUCUGAUGUGGAUAUUUAUUACUUCCUGUAAAUGCUGUACACAGCCUAAAGUGUAUUUAUCUGAUGAUAAUUAUCAUCAUCAUAAUAAUAACACAUAAUAUUAAUGCAGUGUGUAAGUGGAUUAACUGUUAAUUAUUUUUUAGUUCUUCAAAGCUGGACAAAACAAACAGGUCCUCAAGCCCAAAUCUACAAAAGUUCAGCUUAUUCACAGUUAGUGGCCCUGGGGCCCUAGAGGUAAGAGCCUCUUUUUGACUGUUAUAAUAUAUAUCAAAUAUCUUGUUAGUCAACCAAAUGACCCCAAAGUGACGGUCAGUCUUACAGCCUGGGUGGUUGGCUUGUACAUUUACUUACACCCUGACCUCCACCACGUAUUCACUCCAUUCCACUCACUGUUUAAAGAAGCGGUUCAAGGGUUAGGGAUGUCAGGGUAAUUGAUACUUCGGUACCAAGUCGACCAAAAUUCAGAUAACAUGUCAAUGCUCGAUUUUGCUACGUACCGAAAAUCUGGAGGGAUUAUUGGGUCAGAAUUAAAACAAAAACUAAAAGUCUAAAUCAAAAAUGCAUUUAUUUAGAUUUGGGCAUUUAGGAUUGAGGAGUGUAUGCAGAUAAGGGGGCGUGGCCCAAAGACUGGAGGCUGGGUUUGAAAUGGCUGGUCUGCAGAGGCACCUUAUGGUCAGCAGGGGGAGUUCUGAGUGCUAAAGAGCACACUGCAAUGAAACCAAACAGAGAGAGUGAGCGGGGCUGGAGGGAGGACUAUACUUUAUAAUGUGAUAACUUCAACUUGAUGAAAGCGUUGUAACAUUUCUAUGGCCUCACACACAAAGUCACCAAUGUUAAUUUUGUCAGCCAUUUUUAAAUUUAGUCCUGUGUUAAAUGUCCUUGUUAGUUUUUUUCAUAUUUAGUCUAAUGUAUAUUAUUUUUUUAAUCAAGUUUUAGUUGACUAAAAGUCUGGCUAUUUUAAUCUGAUUGUUAUUUUCUUACUCAUUCUUAUAAUUUUAAUUAGAAUUUUGGUCAAUCGGCUCUAACGAAAACCGAGAUAUUUAUAAUUUGAGUCUUUAUUUCACUCAUCUCACAUAUUGAUAAAUUAUUUUAUAAAAUUUGAAUGCUAGCUUUGUUCAAAUUUUUAUUGCAAAGGAGACGUUAACUUGCCUCAAUUCCCGGGUGGUUAGCCUUGAUUCCUGCUUCAAGUUCGUAGUUUUUUCUCCCAGAAACCUUAUAACCACAUUGCACGCUGUCCGAUAUAAUUAAGCACUCGCAUCCUCCACAGUAACAUUUUGCUCGCGCACCAGCCAUCGCCCCGGGCGCCCACCAUUCAAAGCACAGGAAGAAAAAAAGCUGAAUGAACACUGUUCAAGUGAAAAUUUAGAGGGAGAAAAUAUGGCCUGGUAAUAUUUUGUCUCCUCAUACUGACAAAAAGAGUGAUUUUAUUAACUAAUUUUUACUAACUAAUUUAUUUAUUUAUUAUUUAAUGAAUUACAUUUAAAUGUCAUAAUUUUUCACUUUACUUAAUUAUGAAACCUGGUGAGCAUUAUUGUGAGUCAAAAAGCAUCUAGCAUCUGUCCUGCACUGUUAGUACUUAUGUAAAGUAAAAUACAAGUGCAAUUGAGUCACUCAGAAAAACAUCCCAGGACCUCCCAGAUUUUCCUCAAGACCAUUCUGAGCCUGUGCAGGGUUUGAGGACUGAUUAUAGUAAAUGCACAAAUUGAAAAUGCACAUUGCAAGGUUGUAAUUUAAACCGUUUUCUCCUUUAUGAAUAUAUUGACAUCAAACCACCACUCAUCUGUCCUGGACAUCCUCUCACAGCUUUCACAGAUGUUAGUCGUUCUUUGUAAUGUUCAGAUGUUUUAAUUAACCCAUUGAUGCCUGAAUUUAUUUACAAAAAAAAAAUAAAUUAGGUAUGAUGCAAAUUAACGACAACAGGCAUAAACGAGAAACCAGUGCAUGCAAAAGGUUCCCAGGUACCUAUUGAAUAUGCACAAACAGGCAUUUGGGGAAUACAUAUGCUAUCUCAGCUGCAGUCUGAAAGGCAGAGGUGUGAUGCAAAUUUGCAACAAUCACUGUUGAGGGGUUAAAGGAGUGUAUGAUGAAGUACAUGAUGGGAUUUAUUUUUUUGUUUCUGUUUUUUUACCGUGGUAUCAAAUUGCUAUAAAGUAUUGUGGAAUUUCAUUGGUAUUGAUUACUAAAUUUCAGGCAUCGUGACAUGAAGGACCCAUAAGGCCACGGACCCCCACCAUCAUACAUUCUGUCAUUGUGUUACUUAUGGAUCGUAGUAUUGGGAAAGUAACUGACUAUUUCUUUUGCUGAGGACCCCCUGGAGCCCCCUCAAGGAACCCCGGGGGUCUGACUUUGCGAACCAGUGGUUUAAAUUGUAGCUGUUCCUCAUUCAUACCAAUUUGCUGCUAAUUUAUUUUCCUUUUCCAUAUUCAUUUUGGGUCAUUGUCCAGCGCUCCUCUGGGUUCAUUAGAGGAUCAUUCAGAUCACCUGUUGACUUUUCAACAAUGAUUACGAUCAGCAGUGUUUCCCCUCUUGGCCAAUCAGGGUGUGACAACGCCCAUUCCUGAAGGCAUAAGAGAGGGUGGGAAACGGCGCCUCCUGUUUCCCACCCUCUCAUGCCUUCAGGAAUGGGCUUUUUGAAGAGGCAUUUCUUCAUUAUUAAAGUAUUGCCACAAAAUUGCUGGAGCGACCUCACCUGGAUUGAUUUAAAAAAAACUCAAAGCUUAGCCUCUAAUUGGCCCUUAGAAUUUCACUAUUUUGUGUUUCAUGAAGUUUUCUUGUUUGUGUUUAAUAACCCAUCAUCACUGCUGCACACUGCAGAGCUUCAACCCUUUAAACAGGCAGUGAGCAGUUUUGUAAAAGAUGUAAAACCUGUAGGAUGUUUGAAACAAUAAACAAAACUGGACGUCU